CACAUAUUGAACAUCCGGCUCACACAGUGACCCCGGAGGCCUCAACCACGCUACAAGAGCGGGACCCACAGCAUGCAAGUAAGGCGAGGGUGACCUGGCCCGGCCCCGCUCCCCCCCCACCCGGCCGGGGGGGUGAUCCCGGCCCAAAGUCGGAACAUCGGAGGCUGGAGGAGGAGGCACGCCCGGUACACGACGCUCCUGUACACGGAGCUACAAUGGCCGACGGAUACACAGUACCCGCACAGCAUCACGGGACGACUAGCACACAGCAGAAAUCCCGCGCUGGGAUACCGGGACCCCCGAGACGGCGGAGCUCACUACUGGACCACCCCGGGCGGCGUACGAGUCGCUGGAAAGCCGGUCCUGAACCCCGGAUUUGGUGGGGGUCCGGGAGAAACAACCCCCAACUCUGUGAGCCCG